UAUGGCCCUGGCUGGCUUCAGACUCACUCUGUAGACUGAUCUAGCAUUGGCCUCAGGAGAACCAUCCUCCUCUGCCACCCAGUGUGUGUGUGUGUGUGUGUGGAGGGAAUAAAGGUGUGCCCACAGUCAGCUAUGGUUUUGCUUUAGCUUCCUGAGUAGCUGGGAUUACUAUACUAUCACACACACUCAACUUUCUGGCCACUUUUAAGCCAUUUCACCUGGACUUUGUGGGCAGCUCCUCUCUCUGUGCAGCCAUAAUAGGUGAGAAAAACUACUCCCUGACCAGGAGCAGUUAAUAGCCAACAGUCACAACAAUUUUUUAAAUGUUAAAAUUAGAGCCUUAUAUUUCUAGCCUUUGAUCCCCACCCCACCCCCAUCUCAGAAGAGGAUCUGACACAACGUUGGAAACAGUUCAGGGUAAGGAAGUGGGUCAGGACUAGAAGGGUUGAAAAGAUGGAAAUUGUCAGUAAGACAUUUUGAGGGAGGAUCGAGUCAUCUAGGGCUGUGUUCUUUCAUCUCCCCACCAAAGCCUCAACUGAAUAGUGUGCUGUCUUACUGUUGCCCCCAAAGACAGUCAGAUGAAACUAAACACCCAGCAGCUAUCCACACUGGCAUAUGACACUGCACACACACAAACAUUGUGCACAUGUGUGUCCUUCCUCCCUAACUCCCCACUUUUCAUCCUAUCCCUGACUCCCUCCCUUAUCCAAAUUUUCCAGCCACUGCUGGAGUCGACUUCCGCAAUCCUUACAGAAUAAAUCUAGCACUCCUAGUCUUCCCCUCACAGUAGCUACACUUCCUGUCUGAAAAGAGCCAGACAACAGAUUCUCGACAGCAGGAUGUGGGUGUUCAAGUUUCUGCUGCUACCCAUGGUGAGCUUUGCUCUAUACCCGGAGGAAAUGCUGGACACCCAGUGGGAGCUAUGGAAGAAGACCCACAGGAAGCAGUAUAACAGCAAGGUGGAUGAAAUUUCUCGGCGUUUAAUUUGGGAAAAAAACCUGAAGCAAAUCUCCAUCCAUAAUCUUGAGGCCUCUCUUGGUGUCCAUACAUAUGAACUGGCCAUGAAUCACUUGGGAGACAUGACCAGCGAAGAAGUGGUGCAGAAGAUGACUGGACUCAGAAUACCACCCUCACGUUCCUACAGUAAUGACACUCUCUAUACUCCAGAGUGGGAAGGCAGAGUCCCAGACUCCAUAGACUAUCGAAAAAAAGGAUAUGUUACUCCAGUCAAAAACCAGGGCAAUUGUGGUUCCUGUUGGGCUUUCAGCUCUGCGGGUGCCCUGGAGGGCCAACUCAAGAAGAAAACUGGUAAACUCUUAGCUCUGAGUCCCCAGAAUCUUGUGGACUGUGUGUCUGAGAAUUAUGGCUGCGGCGGCGGCUAUAUGACCACUGCCUUCCAAUAUGUGCAGCAGAAUGGAGGCAUUGACUCUGAAGACGCUUACCCAUAUGUGGGGCAGGAUGAAAGUUGUAUGUAUAAUGCCACAGCAAAGGCAGCUAAAUGCAGAGGGUACAGAGAGCUUCCUGUGGGGAACGAGAGAGCCCUGAAGAGAGCGGUGGCACGGGUAGGACCCAUCUCUGUGUCCAUUGAUGCAAGCUUGACAUCCUUCCAGUUUUACAGCAGAGGUGUGUACUAUGAUGAAAAUUGCGACCGUGAUAAUGUGAAUCAUGCAAUGUUGGUGGUGGGCUAUGGCACCCAGAAGGGAAGCAAGCACUGGAUAAUUAAAAACAGCUGGGGAGAAAGCUGGGGAAACAAAGGAUAUGUUCUCUUGGCUCGGAAUAAGAACAACGCCUGUGGCAUUACCAACCUGGCCAGCUUCCCCAAGAUGUGAUUCGAGCCAGCUGGCCCGUCUGUUCUCCCGUUCCUUCCUCGAUGGUGCAAGACAGUGAUGGCUUUGGAAGAGAAUGGGCGUGGCACUCCUGAGAUGGACACAUGGAUGCUAAGAUUGUUUCAGUUCUCCUCUCAUUGGUGCUUCCGGUGACACCUCUACUUCCCUUCUCUCUACCCAGGGCCCUUUUCUUUGUGGACACAACAGGGCACUUUCUGAGAGCUGUGGACUCUGCUGAUAGCUGCUGCAGUCCUCCAGCAGGCUGGAGGACCAAGGUGACCUUCCCAAGCCCCUGUCUUCUAUAUAUGCCAGUGCACAUUUCAGUCUUCUGCUGAGAUGCACAAAUCUAUUCAUGAUUCUUUGACAAAUUUACAUGAUAUAAAAAAAAAAUGUAUGUUUCCUUCUUUGCAUUUGAAAUAAAGUAUCUCAUUUACAAUUUAA